AUGGCCGACGGUGGGGAACCGGUCGACAGACCAAGCCCGCAUUCAAAAUCCCUGGUUAUGGAUAUACCAGUAAAGCGCAGUGAAACGCCAGACUCGUCCAGUUCUAAGGAAAGGCUUUUCUCCCCAGAUUCAGCCAGACGACAGCGAUUUUUCAGUGAACCUUCCAAGCUGGCGAACGUGGUGGGACAGGUUAUUGCUCCAAAAAAACACGAUGUCUUUCAGACUUUGCAGGAAACUUUGGAAGUUCUCAACGACGAAGCUGUUGUAUCAAGAGACUCGCACAAAAAGGAAGGAUUGUGGUGUCAUCCUUUCGAGAUUCCUCGGCAUCCUAUCGAGCAGAUUGCGUUAAAAAAUGAGGAAAUCGACUUGCAAAGGCAGCAUUCUAAAAUGAUGAACAGUUUAACUGAGCAUGAAUUUUCAGAGUUCGAAGAAGUCAUAAAGAAAGAGAAGGAGGAUCCCGAUGAUCAGAUAGACCAAGAACAUCGCCCUUUUUACCAGAGAGUUUCGAUUUCUGGUGGAGAUAUUAGCGGGGUAUGAUUGAUUAUUUAUUUAUUUGAAUUACUUCCUUAGAUUUAAUACUUGACUGUUUGUUUUAAUGUGGUGUUGGUUAUAUUAAAUGUGGUUGGUGGCUUACUGUAGAUUUCCACUUUUAAGCUACCCCCUGCCCCAACCACCACUUAUACUCCCCCCCCCCCAGUCACAGGCCCAUCUACCUGUAAACAAAAAACAAAUACAUCUGGUUCAAAUUGUUUGAAGGCUGAUUAGCACUUAACCUGGGGUUAAAUUUAACCCUGGAUUUCUUUUUCUUGUGUUCAAAAGCAUUUUCUCGCAUAAUUUUCUCACAUAAUUUCCUCUGUUAUUUUUAAAGCUUCCAAUCAUCAACUUGUAGACAAAAAGAAUUGAAACUGAAAUACUUUUGAAACUUUCAAAUCUGAAUUCAAAUCUUGCACUAACCCUGGGUUAUCUUAACCCAGCUUUGAACAACUCAGCCCUGAUUAUAAGCCCCUGCAUUUUAAGUCCCCCUCUACGACAUAGCUUGUCUUGAAAUGAAGUUUAUCUUUUACAACGUUCUGAAGCUUAAAAAGCAAGUACAAUGUAAAUUCAAAAAGUGUAUUGAUCAGAACUGGCCAUGUAGCAGGGUUUGAGCUAGGAUUUGAUCACUGGGGGACAAUUUGUCCCCUUAGCUAAAAUUUUGGGGGGCAUUUUUAUUUUUAGGGGGAUAGAAAUUUGUACAGCCUUCUGAUGCAAAGGGGUUUGUCUUCUUAGAUUUCUGACAAAAGUAGCAGAACAUCGCCUCCUUUUCAUAGCACAACCACGUGUGAUCUCGUGAUUUUUUCGGUUUCCUUCGAUCCUCAUCCGUUUCUUCCUGAUUAAUACACUGUUCUUCUUCUGUAUCAUUUUUCUCUGAUUCACUCUGGCUUUGAUUUGGAGCGAAAAAGCAUUCUAAUGUUUGAAAACUUUUUGGAUGUGACAUGUAAACGAUUGCCAGGUGCGUUCACCACGCUUGGUUGAGCAUGAGACGUACGUGUUCAAUAGAGCGUGACUGAAACGUGACUUUAGAAUGAACUUUAAACGUGCGAUAAAAUAUACUUUCCAUGUUCUGUUUUAGCUUGCAAUUUCUGUACUGAAAUAAAUCUCUUCAUGUGUGCUUCCUUUCGAGUUGUUUCUCUAAAUUUUGAAGGGGACAAAUUGUCCCCUUGGCCGUUUUUUUAAGGGACAAUUUCAAUUGCAGUGCAGGAUAGGCACAAUGGCGCGGCCUGGCUCAAACCCUGAUGUAGCAUGUAAUGAAACCUUUUUUUCAGUCUGGUUAUAAGCCCCCCUAAAACCCCUUAUGAAGUUUUAAAGAAUGACAAAUACACAUUGUUAAGGCUGCUGUUGACUAGCGACAGAGUCGGAGUCGUAAGCGGAGUUGUAAGAGCGCUUAUGACCUAGUGAAAAUCAAAAGUUAGAGUUGUAAGUAGAGUCAUGAUCUUGAUGGAAUCAGAGUCAGAAGAAUCAGAAUGUUUCCAUUUUCCCCUGACUCUGUUUACGACUUUGUCACUUAUGUUCUGCUCAUAAUCUAGUGAAAACCAGAUUGUCGGAGUCAGAAGCAGAAGCGGAGGCCGGAUAAACCAAUCACAAUGCACGUUCCCAUGCUUUGUUAUUGGUUUAGUUCUUCCACUUCUGCUUGUGACUUGGACAAACCAGUUUUCACUUGAUCGUAAACAACAGAAUCAUAAGCGGAAUCAGAAGAAUCAGAAUGCUGUUUUCGCUAGAUUGUAAAGUUCUACGCUUUUGAUUACGACUCCCACUCUGAAUAUAUCGCAAGUUAAAACCACCCUUUAAAGUGCAUUUAGGCUUUUGGCUAUGUUUUGUAGUGUAAAUAAAGUUGCUCUUGGUUCAGACUCAAAUGACUUUAGGCUGGAUGGGUUAGGAGUGACUGGACCCCAAGGAUAAGAGGGAGAUAAAAAUAGUUCUGUGCAAAAGUUCUUGCAAAUAGGUUUUAUCUAUUUAAGUGCCAAUAUAUUCACAUACCAAUUCUCCAAACUGGUCUCCAUGCAUUUCCUUAAAGACUGAGUUGAGAGAAUUUGAUAAAAGAACAAGGAAUUUUCUCUUUGGUGAUCAUUUUAUUAAUUCUCAUUACCUAAUCUCUUGUUAAUGUAUGGACAUUGUGAGGAGAAAUUUGAUGUUGGUCACUGUUAGGACUUAAAGGGUUAAAAUUGAAUGUUAACACCAAAGGAUUGUGAAAGAUGUGAUAAUCGGCAUGUCUCAAGUGUGACUAUCCUGUAUCACAAACACUUUAUACUGCCUGUCUUUGCCAAUGGUUUGCAGCACAGGCUAGAGUGUGGCACAAAAGACAAAAUCCUGAGUCCAUAGGUAGUAGAGGAGACUGGUUAUGAAAGCCGGCAAACAUCAAAGUUGAAAACAAUGGUGCUGUGGUUUAUGUUGGAAGCUCUCUGACUAUACACAAUCCUUUGUUUUCUGUUCACAAAUUAUGACUGAAUAAAUUAAUGUGAUGUUUCUGUUGGUCGGUAAGUUUAAAAUGACAGGAAUGCUUUUGAGCAUUGUGCACGGUCAGGUCUAAAAAGCUAACCAAAACAUAUAAUGAAGGAGUUGAACAGGUUUCAUAACUAUUCCACUUUAAUAACUAUGCUGAGUCGUGGGCAGGAUUUGUACCUUCCUUCCCAAAAACACUGGGUGGGCACUCUGUCCACUGAGGUAUAGAGAAACUCAUGUAGAGCAAGGCCAUAUAUAAUUGGUUAAUAUUUGACAUGUGUUCUACAUGCUUCUUGGAUCAGCAGUAUUUAGAGUGUACUGUAUGAAAUAAGGAAAGAAUGAGAAAAGUUGGCUCAGUAAAUGAACGUGAAAGAUGGGAUAGUCAGCUUGCUUUGAGCAUGGGACAAAGCAUGGGAUUUCGUCAACGGAAAUAAAUGUUAGAUGGGCACAAAGUAACUCAGCCUAGGGAUGAGCAGGUUAAUAACUGACACUUAUCUUACACUGUUUUUAUUUUCAAGGUUUCUAUAGAUGAACUCCAGCAGGCAGCAAAGCUCUUGGUAGAAGCAUUAUUUAUAAGAGCAAAAUACAUGGCACUGAGUUUGCAAAGCUUUUGUCCUACAACUGCUCGGAAACUGAAGACAGUUCAUGAUGAUUAUGAUGUUGAAGCCCACUUUACUUUGCACAGACAUAUAAGUGAAGAAGGUGUGUGUCAUAAAUGCUCAUUAUUGUGCCUGGCAUUUGCAAUUCAGGUCAUGUGGCUAAGCAAAUUUGUGACACCCAGACAAACUCUCCCCCAGUUUCCAUAAACCAUUUUUAUCGGGUAGGUAACACUUAAAUGUUUAGAUUUCCAAGGGUGAUCAAUGCCCAUUUUCUCCCAACAAUACCAUAAAAGUGUCAAGGGAAAAGUUAUGAGAAAUAUUAAUAUUAUCACUUAAGGGAAAAAGCUUUGAUCUUUUAGCAAAUUCUCAUUAUUAAUUCUUUAAGAAAGUCUGGAGAAUUUAUAUGUUGACAUUGUAGCUUAGCGGAUUAAGCUACUGUAAGUGGAAGUGUGCUUUUAAUUAGCAAAAGUAAUAUGAAAUUUCCACACUCACAACCCAUGGGAACUUCAAGUUACAGCAUGCCUGCACCACAGACGAAACUAAACUCUGGUUAAGUCCAUCUGCAGAACAGGGCUAAAAUCCUUGUUCGACACUCCAAGCUGAGCAGCAGGAUUUAACUAUUGUGCCAUGAUUGACCUGUUAAAAAGGCCACUGGCAGAUGAAAGGAAAUUCAAAAUGCACUUCCGGUAAAUGGUUGAGUCUGUUGCGGGCUUAGAACAAGGAUCUUAGUACUGCUUUGCAGACGUUACUAACUGAGGUUAAAUUACGCAGCUUACGUUACAGCAAGCCUACUACUUAUUCAUUAUUUCUUUUACUUAAUUACCAGAAGAUGACAGCUGCCCUCAACGUUUUUCUGUUCAGUCACCAUACGACAUUGAAGUGCCUGACGACUGUGGAUACCUUUUUGAGAUGAUUGACGGUGUAAUACAGGUCACAGCCUGUAAAAGACAAAUUGCGAGUGAUGUUGUUGUUAGUGACACUGGGAAUCCUGUUGUUCAUCCUCGGCCUAACUUGCAGGAAUUUUUUGAAGACCAGAAUGUUCUCCUGGCUCUGUCAACCCAUGGUCCUAUGUGAGUAAAGUAAUGUAUAUUAUUGACAUGUUUUGUUGAAUUCACCAUUUGCAAAUGCAGGCUGCAAAGAAAAUCGUUCUUACAGCUUGCCAUUCGGGCAAGCUGAAGCUAGCAUUUACUAGCCCAGACGUCAUUUCAACCAGCCCCAGAAGCUUUUUGACGAGCAGAAUUGAUUUCACAGUUCUUCUGUUAUUCCAAUUCCUCAAAAAACAUCACUUGGCCGUCAGGCAAGUCAGAAACAGAAUUCACUAGCCCGAUAGCAAAAUCCACUAACCCCGGGCUAUCGGACACUGCUUUCUUUGCAUGCUGCACAAAAAAACAUUUGAAUAUGAUCUUAUGCACUCAAAUUGAGGAUGUAUUUUUGAAAGAAAAUAGUGGUACAGUAAAGCACCCUACACUCCCUAUUACGCCCCUGCCGCCACAAAAUUAACACCCUAUACCACUUAUUUCAAACCAUCUAAAGGGAGUACCUAGCUUUCAUACACCUUUGUAGUGCUUUGUAUGGAGAUGCCAUAUUGGUGCACCAAUAUGGCUGCCGGAAAUCAACAAAAACAUUUGGAGUUCACUUUUCAAUAAAACAGUGUGCAAAGAAAGUCAUGUCCGAUAGCCCGGGGCUGGCUAUUUUAACAUCGGGCUAGCGAUUUUUGUUCUUAACUUGCCGGACGGGCAAUUGAAAUUUUUUAAGGAAUUCAAAUCACAAAAGAAUUGUUAUGAACCCUGCUCAUCAUCGGGCUACUUAAAAAUGACUUUUGGGCUAGUAUAUACUAAUUACAGCUUGCCCGAAUGGCAAGCUGUAAAACUGACUUUUUUUGCAUCCUGAUAAAGGCUGUUUUUUUCACUCGAGAACUAGAAUAUGUGCGUAUAAACAUAUCCUCUAAUACUUGAAAUGGUUAUACAGCUGAAAAUCAAGAGGAGAGACUUUUUUUCAACGAGACAGCAUUCCUAUUUUGGUGUCAUGCGCUGUGAAAACUGGAAAGUUCAAAUUGCUGUAUGUUCGAAAUGAAACAUGCUAUGGGAAUGGAAACUUGUAGAAGGAUUUAUUUUUUGUUCAUCUUCAACCUAGUGUAACUAAGAAUUUGUAAAACCUGACUAUUUUGACUUUACAAUUUGAUGGCAUCACUGUCAAAACCAUCUACAAAUAACCAAGCAGUUGUUCUGAAUUCAUCUAGAAAAUCAUUUGCCUACCGUCGCCUGAAGUACCUGGAUUCCCGCCAUAGCCUACAUUCCUUGUUAAAUGAGAACAGAGAGCUUGCAGCCAUGAAGGAAGUUGCUCACAGAGAUUUUUACAAUGUCAGAAAGGUAAGACAAGGAUAGUGAUUGUUUUAUAUUUUUUUUUCCCUUGUUGUUAGUUUUUGCCUCUCUUUUGUCCCCCUGGUCUCAGCAGAUGUUUUACUUCUUUCACCUCAAAUGACUUGAGCUACAAAGUACAGUGAAUAGUGCUGCAUUAACAGGGACGUUGAAUGCAAAAAUGUAGUUUUAUUUAAUGAUUUGAUGAGGUAAAUUUGCUGUUAUAAAAAUAUAUGAAGGGUGAUGUUUCCAGGGGCGUAGCUUGAGAUUUUGAAGGUGUACAGAUGAUGUACGCAUGGGGGGAAGAAAAGUUGUAGCCCCAAAGGCAGCCCAACCUACUGGGGCCUGGGGGCAUGCUCCCCCAGAAAAUUAUUAAAUUUAGGUCUCAGAAAUACCAUUUUCAGCGUUUUCUACAGGACAUUUUCAGCAAAUUAAUAUGCCAGAAAGUGCAAUAGUGAGUCUUAAUAUCAGUACAUCCAUGGUAUGGCUCUUCGCCUGAUAUAAGAGUAAAAUAAGGAAAUUGAAAAAAAAAUACAUAAAUCUGAAUUAUGAAUUUGUAAAAAGCUAGGUAAUAAACAGUAAUAUGUAAUUAUACAAUAUAUACAUUAUUUAAAAACUAGGCAAGAAAUUAUUCUGCCCUGUUCCGGCAGCACCCCCUUAAAAUACAUAAUGUUUGCUUACUGAAGGAUUUAAAAUUUUCACAGCAUUUAACAUUGGAUGGCAGAGAAUUGAAGAGGGCUGCCACGCUAUACUGUGUCCGAGGCAUAGGGAAUAACUAGAUUUAUGGUACUUGAUGACCGUAAAUUUCUAGCAUGUCUUACUUGCUCAAGCUUAAGGUUGCAAUAAUAAAAGGAUAAUGAAAAUACCAACACGAAGACACCAAUGUAGUGUAAAAAUGUAUCAGUCAUCCCGAUUUAAUUACAAAAAUGCUUUUUCAGAAAAUAAAAAUUUUUCACAUUAUUACAGCUGUACCUGUAUGCACAGGCAUAUGUGUAUAUAUGGACGCUACGCUUCUGGUUUCAGGUGCUAACUUCUCUUCUGUGCCCUUGUUAAAAAAUAAUAACGUUCUUUUCCCAGUUUCAAACAGCAAAAAAGCUAGGAGAAAAAAUCCCCCCCCCGAAAAGAGAAGAAAAACUCCUAUAUAUCUUCCUUGUGAAAUCCUAAGUCCUAAGAUUUACAAAGUGUUCUUCAAAAGCUCUGCCAAAAGGAUUUCCAUCAUAACCUGCGUUUGAAGUGAAAGGGUCAAUAAUACAUGUACCUCCCAUGACUUACUUCUUGGUACAGUGAAAUCCCGCCUUACGGCCUCUUCGGUAAUAGGAUCACCUUGUUAUUACGGCCACUUUUUUGGGCCGCCUGACAAAAACUGCCAUACAUUUUCUUGUUAAAAAACCCUCAUUAAUAAGGCCAACCAUUAACACAGCCAAUUUUUUUUGGCCCAUUGGCGACCGUAUUGAUGGGGUUCCACUGUAUUUUUAUCAGGUUGACACUCACGUCCAUGGAGCAUCUUGUAUGAAUCAGAAACACUUGUUACGAUUCAUUAAGAGAAAGAUGAAGUACAAUGCUGAGGAUUUUGUCACAAAUCAUGAAGGAAGGGAAAUUACGUUACGUGAGGUACUGUUUCACUCUUUAUUCAUCAAGACAAGUCUUUUGUUGCUAUGAACCUUGCUGGUACAAGCUGACACUUCUUUUGAUUGGACAUCAGUAGGGGUACUACAGUACAGUAUCUGCUGGAUAACAAUAAUAAAAGUUUUUGCAGUACAAAGUCUAAGGAGAGCAUGUUGUGAAAAUAUUUUUAGUGUUAGUCAUCAUCGUCAUCAGUUGGCUUCAGUAUAGACGGCAGAUACCUUCCUCUAGCACAUCCCUGUGCCAGAUUUGCUAUUUGCUAGCAGAUAUUUACAACUUUUAGCGAGCCAUGGACCAAUAGUCACAGGAGUUAUUACAUAUAAUAGUUUUCUGUCCUUGUGGCCUGCAUCUACCAGGAGAUGGGGUAUAAACAGGUGGAUACAACAUAAAAGUGGAACUAAACAGCAAGAACAAUGUGACGGCACUGUAGUAGUCACGCAAAGUGAAGGUGUCAAGAAGAAAGAAAAAUGUAGUUACCUGCCAGGAAAAUUCUUCAUUUGUUACUGUUUUUUUUUACUUGUAGGUGUUUGCAAUGUUGAAGUUGACACCAUAUGACCUCAGUGUUGAUACUCUAGAUGUACAUGCAGUAAGUACCAGAAAAUCUUGUUACGUUAAGUUACCGUAAAAUGCCGAAAAUAAGCGCCUCCAUGUAUAAGCCCCUCCAAAUAUAAGCCCCCCAAACUCGUAACGUAUAAAACCCUCCGUUAAAUCGCCCCUCCAAAUGUAAGCCCCCGGGGGCUUGUACUUGGAAAUUGCCCUCAAAUACAAAGUAAAACAAAGUAAAAACAGUACAUUUCCUUCCAACUAUAAGGCUAGCCCAAUCAAUUUUGAAACGCAAAUUUCCCUCCUUAGAUAAGCCCCUCCAAAAAUAAGCCCCUCAAAAAGGGCCGUUGAAAAAUAUAAGCCCCGGGGCUUAUUUUCGGAAUUUUACGGUAGGUCUUUUUAAACAAAGGUUUUCAAGAUCAGCCAAUCAGUUAUCUCUGCCUUUGAGAAUUUACAGAAUUUAGGCUUUGCAUGCACAAGAGCAAGUUUUGUAGUGUACCCUAACCUAAGUUUUGAAAUUGACACUGUCGCAUCCUUUUUUCGGUUUACAUUUUAAUAAAAAUGUUGCUGUUUUCUCGUAACAGGACAGGAACACAUUUCAUCGUUUUGACAAAUUCAACACAAAAUACAAUCCUAUAGGUGAGUAUUCUUUAAGUGUUCAUUUUGCCUACAGCUAUUAUUAUUAUUAUUAUUACUACUGAUAUUAUUUUUAUUGUUAUUAUCUUUAUAAAAAACAACAUCCUAUAAAUAUUAUUGAAUCACUGUAUUUAGGUGAAAGCCGCUUAAGGGAGAUCUUUCUCAAGACAGACAACCACAUUAAUGGCCGCUACUUUGCUGAGCUGCUUAAAGAGGUCAUGUCAGACUUGGAAGAAAGCAAGUACCAGAAUGCAGAGCCUAGGUUAUCCAUUUAUGGUCGUUCAAGAGAUGAGUGGGAUCAUUUAGCCUCCUGGGCUGUAAAGUAUGAUGUUUACUCUGAUAAUGUCCGCUGGCUUAUUCAGAUCCCUCGACUGUUGUGAGUAUCUGUUUAAUAAAGAAGCCUUGACUGUGCUCUGUUGGUAGAGCAAGGCCAUUUUUUUUAGUGUAUUUUUUGACAGGAACACGACCUGUCGAUACCAAAAUGUAGCUUUGGUGGGACCUCUCCUGUGGUUUUCAACUGCUUGCAGAUGAACCUUCUGUUGUAAUGCAUACAGGAGGCAGCUAGAGUAUGAAAGAAGUGUAGGGGGAACACAGGGCGUAGUCAAGUGUUUCUGCCUGCACUUCUGGAGUGCUCUAUCGGCUUCCUAAGUGCUCUACAGCAGAACAGAGCACAGUCAAGGCUUCUUCACUCGUCAUAUGAUAAACAAUCUGUUAAAUUCCCCACACAUUACUUUCUGAUUUUCAAAACAAACUAUUGGCGGAUGGUGCGACAGCUUUAGAUGUGUGUUUUGUACUCUCAUAAAACACGCUUUUUCAACCAAUCAGAGUGUGUUUAUAUCUGAACUUUGUUAUGAAAGUAUUAUACAAUUCAUGGGAACCAACGACCCUCCGUGUUCUAGAACACAGAGGGACGUGGGUUCGAAAAAUAGAAUGAAAAGAAAACCCUAGCUGUUUGAUUCACUGCCUACUUGUUGCAUUUACUCCUAAGCAACUAGAAAUCUUCCCUGCACAAAUUGAACGGCUCUGUAAUUUAAAAGAGCCUUGCUUGUUUGGAGGAACAUGCAUCCCUCCAAUCUUUAUUUUAAGCUCUCUUGAAGCCAACCAUUGACUUUCUUUUCUUGUUUCACACUCAAAUUUCACCCAUAGCCUGGAAGUUCCUCCUUGGAUGUUUUUCCAUCUCACACAAUUUUAGGCAGUUGUAUGUAGUCCCUUGCUUGUUCAGAACACGCCUAAUUUUCAGUCGUUGACAUCAUCAUCAUUCUCAUCAUCAUUGCAUCAUCAUCAUUAUCAUCAUCAUCAUUCUCAUCAUCAUUGCAUCAUCAUCAUCAGUAUCACCAGCAGUCAUCAUUAUCAUCAUCAUCAUCAUCAUCAUCAUUAUCACCAGCAUCGUCAUCAUUCUCGUUGUCAUUGCAUCAUCAUCAUUAUCGUCAUCAUCAUCAUCAUCAUUAUUACCAGCAUCGUCAUCAUUAUCAUCAUCAUCAUCAUCAUUAUUACCAGCAUCGUCAUCAUUAUCAUCAUCAUCAUCAUCAUCAUCAUCAUCAUCAUCAUUAUUAUUACCAGCAUCGUCAUUAUUAUUACCAGCAUCGUCAUCAUUAUCAUCAUCAUCAUCAUCAUCAUCAUUACCAGCAUUGUCAUCAUUCUCAUCAUCAUUGCAUCAUCAUCAUUUUCAUCACCAGUGAUUUGUCAUGAUCAUUAUUGAUAGCCUAGGUGAUAAGUUUUAUAAUAAGCAGGCUGUUGAUUAUUAGCAACCAUUUCAGUAAAACGAUACAAUUCAGUGCCCACUAUUCACUCUUAUUUGUGUUGCAUUAUUUUUUGUACAGUGAUGUCUAUCGGUCAAAGAACCUUGUGAAGAACUUCCAGGAGAUGCUAGAGAACAUAUUUGCGCCAUUGUUUGAAGCAACAGUGAAUCCACAGUCUCACCCCGAGCUGCACAAGUUUCUGUCAUUGGUAAGUUUGUGUUACUAAGGUACUGAUCUCAGAGGAUCCAGUCUGAAAAUUCACACUUGUAGGUCACAGCAGUGCUCUCCAGAAGCUACCACAGCCGGAAGAAAUCGCCGUAUUGUUGGGACUGAAGCACCGGCUACUCACACAAAGUAGUUUUUACAAAGAAGGGAAUAAUUUGGCGGUAUUUGUUUCUCAAAAAUUUCGAUCAAGAAAACAAACUUAUGAUAAAAAAUAAAGCUUAUGUACAUGAAAUUAGGAAGUUUUAUGUCGGAGUCGUGCAACGACGGCUAAGAAAUGUACAAAAAAAGCGUGAUCACGUGCAUAGUGGUUGUUUUGCAUAUCUGAAUGAUCUAUUUUUUUUUUACGUUCUCGUUGCUAUCGCCGUUGUUGUUGCUUAAGCUCCCUAUUGUUGUGAUCCAGAAACUUUGCUACCAUGGUAACAAGACGUCACACUUCUCUCUAUUGCCGCCUACUUUAAAUUUUCCCCUCUACUCCACUUUUUCUGGAGAAACCUCGUCACUCUCAUUGCAAAGUAAUAUGUCACUAAUGCCUUUUGUUGCCAUUUUAACAGGUUGCUGGAUUUGACAGUGUGGAUGAUGAAAGCAAAGCAGAAAGCCAUGUAUUUUCUAGCCGCAGCCCGCUUCCAGCUGAUUGGACCACAAAUGACAAUCCACCAUAUGCUUAUUACGUGUAUUACUUGUACUCCAAUAUGGUGGUACUUAAUCACUUGAGAAGGUAGGUCACCUGACUUUAAUUUUGUAAACUGAUGAAAAACAAAAAUAAUGGUCUUUUUUAGAUGGGGUUUCAUUCGAAUGGUUAAGGUGAUGUUACACGAAACGAUUCGCAAAAACGAUUUUUAGUGCAACACAGCAUUGCAACAUUGUUGCAACAUUGUUUUGAAUGGUUACAACAUUGUUCCAACAUUGCAACGCUGUGUUGCGCUAAAAAUCGUCGUUGCAAAUCGUCCGGUGGAACAUCACCUUUACACUGUUGGAUUUCAUUCACAAACUAGUGAUGUAAAACAGUGCCACAGGAAAGGAUGAUGAAUUAAACUCAUCAACAAGAUGAGCUUGGGAGAGGGUUCCUUAAAGGUGGGAGGUCCUGUAGUACAAAAGACAGCAUAACCUUGGAGGUAACCAUGGCAACCAAGCGAGUACUAACCACCUAGUACCGUCCCACUGUAAGAGUUCAGUAGAAUACUCGCCACAACCCAUACUUAUCUAUCCGAGGGUGGGAGGAGUGAGAGCAGAAAGUAGCAGAUAUCUCAGGUCGUGAAUUUGCAAUGAUUCGCAAAGACCAACAAAGCAAGGCAAGGUAAUGCUGAGAUAUGCAAUCACAUGUAAGCCCCUGCAGACCCGGCAGCCACUCCACACAAGCCUACCUGCCUGGGGUUUAACCGCUGAUCCUCAAGUGUUGUCUCGAGGUUAAUCUUACCUAAACUAACAUUUAACCACAUUGAAUUUUUUGUUGGAUACCCCAAAGGAGACAACAGUCGUUUUAGAUUCGAUUGUUUCCUAAAUGGUACCUGCAAACCACAAUUUUUAUCCCCUACAAAAGUUACGAUGCGAUGCUGUGAUUAUUAUGAAUGUUUUGUCUCUUUGCUAUCUACAGAGAGCGAGGUUUUAACACAUUUGUAUUGCGCCCUCACUGUGGAGAAGCUGGUCCUGCUCAUCAUUUAGUUUCUGCCUUUAUGUUAGCUGAAAAUAUCUCUCAUGGACUUCUACUCCGAAAGGUCAGUACAAACGUGGACUGCAUUAUAACCAUAUUUUAAGGGAAUUAUUUGGAGGGGAAAUCUUGCCAGUCCCAGGGCCUCGUUAUGUUAUUCCACGCGGCUCAUACUUUUCGAGUCACUUGUUCUGACCGGGUUUUGGCUCCUCGCCGUUUGGGCUCCUAACGUCACCAAACUUCAUCGACCGAAAAGGCCUGGGAAGACGCUGUACACUGACUUGAUAAGGAAAAAUCCACUAUGGCGAAUUGGAUUCUUCAUUUUUACGGGAAGGCUAAGGAAAUACUGAAGUCCUGAUUUGAUGUCUGUUUCCAAAAAUAAAAGUUUCCCUGGAAUUCGCGCCAUAUGUAAGCUGAGUGUUUCAUUGUCCAAAUCUGAUUGGUGUAUUUAUACCAUGUGACAUCUAUCCUGUCCGCUGAUCGAGUUUCCCAUAACAGUACAUGUAAUUUGUAUUUUCCACAGGUUCCUGCACUUCAGUAUUUGUACUACUUGGCUCAAAUUGGUAUUGCGAUGUCGCCCCUCAGUAACAACUCGUUGUUCCUUAAUUACCAAAGAAACCCUCUUCCAGAUUUCUUAGCGCGCGGUCUGAUGGUGUCUUUAUCCACUGACGAUCCACUUAUGUUUCAUUUUACAAAGGUAAAAUUACCAUAUAGUAACUCUCUCUCCAAGACGGAUACCUUUGGGACAGACACUUAUCACAGCCACUGUCGCGUUAUCUUUACGUGCGUAAAAUAAAUAGAGGCAAUGCAUGUUGAGCGAGUUUUUACUGUUACGUUUACGCGUAACUUUUGAUACAUUACAUUUAUUUAUGCACGUAAUUUCUACGCUCGUAUGCGUGGAAAUCUACCCUUAGUUUCCGUCUAUUAUUGAUCUCUGUCUUAUAAUAAAGAGUAAAAAGAGGCAGGCACCAACUCUAGGUGUCCGUCUUGUAGGGUUGACUGUUCUCAGAUUGUAGAAAAAGGAACAGUAACAGAAAUGCUCGCGAUGCCUUUUCAGACUGUUUGGAUUACACUAGCCCGCGAGAGGACUCACUUGUGCGAUUUCGGGAAAAGUUUGGCGGUGGUUUCGUUGCGUUUUGGUGGCUUCGUACAAAUGAGCCUGCUCGCAGGCUAGCGUAAUCUUGGUCUGUCUCUUUCUCUUUUUUAAUGAUUCAUUUUGCUUUUUAUCAUGUUCUUUUUUUCAUCUGUUUUCCUAACUCCCUCCCAUUCAUUUUGUCAUUUCUUAUUUCAUUUUUCAUCAUGUUCAGAGGCCUAUUCAGUUAUAUUCCCAAAAGAACGCGACAAGGGCCACACUCAAACGGUACCAGACGAAAUUUCGGCCGGUUAAAAAUUCUUACGUUUAGGCUUUCCGCUCAAAUGUUCAUAAUGUUUUUUAAAUGGUACGGUGACUCACGUCUCGCAAAGGAGCGACAGCAUUUCUAAAAUACGUUCAAGAAACUUUGUCUAGUGCAACAGCGCUUCAAGAGGUUAUUUACUUCUGGUUUUCAGGAACCACUGAUGGAAGAGUACAGCAUUGCCGCUCAGGUCUGGAAGCUUAGUCCAUGUGAUAUGUCAGAACUGGCCAGGAACAGCGUUAUCAUGAGCGGUUUUGAGGAUAAGGUAAAAGACUUGUUUUCAAUUUAAUGCCCGUAAACCAAAGUAAGAACUGUCAACAUUUACAACGUAAAAUUAGCCACUCAGAACUCGGUUUACGCUUAUGUAUGUAGCCGUUUCCAAGCGCGGGAAAACACGUGCUGGCAAGUCAUGAUUGGUUUUGGUUUCUCUAUCGCUCAUUGGUUUAGAAAGUGGCAGGUGUUUGUUUUAGCCAAUCACAAAGCCUAGCUACGCAAAUCUCCGUAAUUACUUUUGACACCCGGUUUUAGGACAGCAGUGCUUGCCGAAAUGCUAAGUCGAAAGGUUGUUUUGUUACCAUUUGCAUAAACUGUCUACAAAGUUUGGUUGGAUAGUGCUCAUGGAAUUCUCCUGCCUUUGACAAUUAAGCCAUGUAAAUUACUGCUAUGACGUCUGAAUGAACGCAAAUUAAAUUACUUUAUAAGUGACUUUUUCAGUUACCGCCGACGUCUUCUUGGCGGUAUAUAUAGGGAGCUUAACCAACGGUGACGGCGACGGCAACAAAAACGCCGGAAAAAAGCAGUUGGUUUAGUUUAGCAAAACAACAACUUUGCACGUGCUUAACGCUUUUUUGUACAUUUCUUGCCGUCGUUGCACAACUACGACAUGAAACUGCCUAAUUUCACGUUUUUUGGAGGGGGUGAACACCGGACAACGACCUUCAUUCUUCAAGUUUUUCCUGAACUUUAGAAUUUAACUCCCGCAAAAAAUUCGCCAGCAUUUGACGAAAUGAACGAGAUGAAAUAAGCACGAUAAAAUUUGAAGCAGAGCGAACACACUAACAACAACAACAACAACAAAUUUUAUUGAAAAUUGGAAAAUAACUAAUUACAUUACUUUCCCACCCGCAAAUAGCUUAUGAACUAAUCGAGGCGGGGGGAGCUGAAGACAUAUUACAAAACAAGAAUUAUAUAUAGAUGGACUAAAUAACAGUGAAGACACUACAAUACAGUAAAUAGAGUUUAAACUAACAUAAAACAAGGCAUGUACAUAACGAUUACGAAGAGAGGUUAACCUAAAGUAUUAAAUAACUUAAUAAGACGGGAGACUUCGACUGCUGCUUUGUUGUUGAAAUAAAUCUUUUAGUCUUGAAAUCUCCUCCGUUAACGUUGAAACUUUAGAUUUGAGAUCGUUAUUUUCUCUCUUUAGGUUGGCAAUAGACUCAGGCAUAAUGUGACACACGAAACAAGAUAACAAAACAAAUAGAAAAAAGCAGAAGGAACACUUAAACAUCAGAAAUUUACGAAAUGUUACGCGGAGCACUUAAACACGCGGCCGUCCAUCUUAACCACAUCACGUGAUCGCGAUUUUCAAGUGAUGUUUUUUGUAUCCGUCGCCGUCAGUGCUGCUUAAGCUCCCUACAAGUUCUUUUAUAACCUUUCUUUAAUCUCUGUAAGCACAGAACUAAACCAGAUACAGAGAGCGGUUUUCAGCUCAAUAUCGUGGAACGUCACAAUCGAAAUGAAAAGAAAAGGAAAAAAAAGACGUCCACGAAAUCUAGUGAAGACUCAUUUACAGCACUCAACUUUGGACUCUUUUAGAGCGGUUUUCAGUGCCGGAGUGACGUUAAACAAAAACCGGUUGAAGUAACUAUUCUGGCCUAUCACAACUCCCCAUAUUUUCAAAUAGACCAAUCACCUUUCGGAGAAAAUACUGGCGGCCGGUGCCAAACGCGGGAUGUUAAGAAGUGGCGCGGGAUUUCCAUUCAAUCACCGUAGACCGUAGAGACCGUAGCUAUUUCAAGUCUAGCCUGCGUAGCAGACGCUUGGAAGUAGUGGGCCCAAGAAAAAACGGGCGCGCAAGAAGGAGACACGCGAGGGGAGAGGAAGCGCCUGCACGGAAGGCCCCCGAAAAUCGUUUCCCGCCCCCUCUCUAAUUACUUGGCAGCCGUUGCGUGAUCUGUCAAAAGUUUUGACAGAAAACGACUGACCUCGCACAAACAAAGCAAGCCGCCAAAAAGCGUUGUACAUUUUAUCUUCGGUCUAAAUAUAUCUGUUAUAAAGAUCAGCUGGGUUAUCUGAUUAUAGAGCGAUGGAGCAAUAAACUGAUGGUUAACACACAGCUUUAAAUCGUUUUUUAACAUGGGCACAAUAAACAGGAAAUAACAAAGUCAAAACUGGGUAUCUUUUAAAGAAUGCAUGCUGUGUAUUAUAAAAGCUAAAAAUAUUGUUCUGGUCAGACACCAACGAUCACAGCGUACGUGGAAAACGACCAUAUUGCUUUUAAUUACUGCGCUAACCGGCAGCCGUUUUUGGAGCAGACAUUUCUUACUAAGCGGACCUAAACCUCAGAACACAAACUGUACCGACAUGUUUUCUACUGCAGUAAUGAGACAUAAACAACAGACCUCAGGUCGCCUCCGAACGGCGAAUAAUACUAUAGUGAAAUGUUUUUUUCAAAUUCAUGCCCCUGGUAAGUGCUUCAUUUCAUCAAUCAUGUCCAAGUUUUGAUGGUAUACGUUCCAUCGACAGCACAAGCCGCCAAGUUCUCCUGAGCAAAGAAUAUUUCCUCUGAUCUUCAUUGCAACGAUUCGACAAAUCUUUUGUCUCUCGCCACUUCUGUUGAUGCGUAUCCGAUGUCAAUUCUUUCCAUCGUGAAUACCGUUUGAACACUCCAACUUUUCUUUGAGAUUACAGCCACAUAGUCCCAUUAAACCAGAUUGAAGUGACCUCCGAGACCUGAACUUCGAUUGUAUACAAUUUAGUGGUUUCAGGACCCAGUGGUGUAAUGCAAGAUCUUCACUACGUUGUCCAUGUACUAUUGAUUGACAGUUUUCUCGCCCCGCGCGGUUAAUUUUUCCCUCGGGAGCCUCUCGACCAAUUGGAAAUAUCCGCACUCACAGAGUGCGAGUUGAAACGAUUUUCGGGGGCCUUCCGUGCAGGCGCUCCCUCACCCCUUGCGUGUCUCCCUCGCGCGCGCCCGUUCUCUCUUUCGCCCGCUACUUCCAAGCGCCUGCUACGCAGGCUAUUUCAAGUCUCGCCUGUCCUUGCUAUCUUGGAUGAAUAACCCCAAGAAACCUCUAAAUUGCUGUUUUGUUUUUUCUUAGGUGAAACGUCAUUGGAUUGGAGACAAUUAUAAGAAAGAAGGAGCUGCUGGAAAUGACGUGCACAGGACUAAUGUCCCGGAUAUCAGAGUAGCGUUCCGUCACGAAACGUUGGUGGAUGAGUUGAGUACUCUGUGUACUGCAGCACGUGUUUAAGACUCACGUUACACGUGUAUGGGUUCACGCGUCACCUUACGAGAACACGCACUAAGUUACACCUUCAGGAAAAACACGACCUUUUCUCUAGAGCACGUGUUUU